CUGUAUCGCCAUAGCGACGGCUUUGUUGAUCGGUGAUGUGAAGUGCCCUGAAUACACGGCAACAUGAAACUCAAGCGGUUCCUUCUUAGGUAUUAUCCACCAGGUAUAAUAUUGGAAUAUGACAAAGGAGGGUAUUUGAGGACCAAAUCAAUCGACCUUCUGGAUUUGACUCCAGACACAAACCCAGAUGAGUUGUUGGCAGAAAUCAUGCAAUCGGAGCCUCUCAUCACAGAGUCCCGGGCUGAUCAGGUCAAACAACUGAUCAUUCGACUUCAGCAGAAACAAGGCCAACAGAACCACCACAGAUUCUGUUUCUCUAAGGAGCUUAAGGCACACAUACUGCCACUGACAAAUGUUGCCUUUGAUAAAUCAGGGUCAAGGUUUAUAACUGGGAGCUACGACAGGACAUGCAGAGUUUGGGACACAGCCUCAGGCACAGAGCUGCACACGCUAGAGGGUCACAGGAAUGUGGUCUAUGCCAUUGCCUUCAACAACCCCUAUGGAGACAAGAUCGCCACUGGCUCUUUUGAUAAGACCUGCAAACUGUGGUGUGCUGAAACGGGCAAAUGUUUCUACACCUUUCAUGGACACACGGCAGAAAUAGUGUGCCUGGCGUUCAACCCCCAGAGUACACUAGUAGCCACAGGCAGCAUGGAUGCCACUGCCAAGCUGUGGGAUGUGGAAACUGGGGAGGAGGUGGCCACUCUGACUGGUCAUACUGCAGAGGUCCUCUCUCUGUGCUUUAACACAGUGGGAAAUCAGCUUGUCACUGGCUCCUUUGACCACACAGUUGUUAUAUGGGAUGUUGCUUCAGGAAGACGGGUCCACACUCUGAUUGGUCACAGGGGGGAAAUCAGCAAUGUUCAGUUUAACUGGGAUUGCUCCCUGAUAGUCACAGGCUCUAUGGACAAAACCUGCAAGUUGUGGGAGACAGUCAGUGGGAAGUGUACUGCCACUCUAGUUGGGCACAAAGAAGAGGUGCUCGAUGUGUGUUUUGAUUUAAGUGGUCAGUUCAUUGCUACUGCUUCUGCUGAUGGUACAGCACGGGUGUUCAGUGCAAACACACAUGAGUGUCUUGUGACGCUAGAGGGCCACGGUGGAGAGAUUUCCAAGAUCUGUUUCAGCCCCCAGGGCAACAGGGUCCUGACUGCCAGCUCAGACAAGACAGCUCGUCUGUGGGAUGUUCAUACAGGGGGAUGCCUACAAAUUCUGUUGGGGCACACUGAUGAGAUCUUUUCCUGUGUCUUCAACUAUGAGGGUGACACUAUCAUUACAGGCAGCAAGGAUAACACAUGCCGCAUCUGGUACUGAUCGUUCACUCGCCCACGCAGAACAUCAGCUGGACAUGCACAUGGACAGAAUAGUCAAUUGACCAUGCAUUACUGUCUAUAUAAGUGUGGAUUACUAAUUGCAAACUUCUUUAGGUAAAAGUGGUUUUCAGCAUCUGUGUAAGGUUAAAGUAGAUAGCAAAUCAUUUCCACUUGACAUAAUUUAUCUCUUGAAUCAUCCUCCUGUUACUAAAUCUGCUUCACUUGUUCCUUGACUGUACCACCUUCACACUUGGUGCUGCACUUUAGUGUGUGUGCAUCAAGUUUAGAAAUUAAACCAUAAUUACAAAAUGUAACUGAAGAAUGUAAGACUAUAAUAAAGCCCGAACACAGUA